AAACUAAAAUUCUAAAAAUACAACAAGUGUAUAUAUUAAUUUAUAUAAAAGUACAUAUUUGUAAAAUAAGCUUAGUUAUUUUUAAUAAAGGAAUAGUUUUUAUAAAAAUGAUGACUGACAUUGGAGAAGCUGCUGCUGCGAAAGUUCAACACAAUAUCAACGAAUUCGACAAAGUUAUUAAAGUGUCAGUGGAUGUUGACAAUUUAGCUCAGGGCUUACUGGAUACCUACAAACCGCCAUUAGAACAAAUAGGAAAAGAAUUACAAGAAAUAUUAAAUAAACAAGAAAUACUUGACAAUAAAAUGCAAGUUGAAAAUCAACAUCUUACAGCCACUGCUGAAGAUGAUGAAUGUGCUGCUAUGUACAUAACAGUACAAGCUUAUCAAGAAAAAUUGAGCCGAAUAAAGAGAGAAAUGGCUUUAAUCCAUGACAGAACGACAAAACUAAAAAAACGUGCUAUUUAUUUACAACAAGUAAAACAAAAGCAAGCUUUAGCCAAAGAACAAAAACGUGAAGAAGAACUUCGUAGAGAGCAAGAACUUAUUGGUAAACCUCCGUCAAUUUAAUAUAUAAUUCGAGUGAAUAAAAAUAUUUUUUAUAUAAAAGAA